AGCUCAGCUCUGCUUCCUGCCUGUGCUCCUGGGCAGGUCUCUGGCUAGAGCGGUGACUGCGCGGGCUGGGCUGCCUCCUCAGCCUGCAGGCCACUGAGAGCUAGCACCAGCUAGUACCUCCAGCAGGCCGACUGGGUUGUGUGGGACCCUCACCCCAGGUUCUUGAGGGCCACAGUGGGGUGGGCCGGGCUGGGACAAGUCAGAUGAAGGGUAGUGGAAAGCUGAUGCUACACUGAAGAUGCCCCACAGGUGCCCUGUGGGGGUGAGUGCAUGGACAGGGGCGUGUUUCUAUGGACAUCAGUACCAGCCACCUGCUGCUAGGCCCUGAGUCGCAGAGAGUGCGCCCUGCCCAGCCCUGGGGGUCCAGUCUGCUUGGCCACGGAGCCUGUGGAGCCAGGGGUGGCACUGUGCCCAGCUUACCCGAGGAGGCCCUGGUCAGACCAUGGCAGGUAGACAGGUCACAGAGGGCCGGGUGUGGGCCCCCCUGUUCCGUCCAGCGCCUCUCGUGCUCCAGGCUGCCUUUUAGCCUGGGCUCUGCUGACCCUCCUCCAGGCUUGUGGGGGUGGGCGCUGCUGGGGGGCUGCACCCUCUACAUGCUGGCUGUCUUCUCUGACUCCUGCUGGUGUUCAUCAGCCUGACUUUAAGAUGAGAAAGUUCAGGCCUCGGGGAGGUGGGAGGGCUCGCACGUGGUCAGCAGAGGGUUCUGGAACCGUGGCUCCCACACCAGGUGGAAGGUGCUGGCACACCCAGCACCAGAGUCCCCCAAACCACUGGUGUCCACACCCACUGCAGCUCCCCCUCUAGGGGGCAGUGCCUGGCCCUUCACCUGGGGCUCGUGUCCUGGGCCGAUAAGCAGCCAGGUGCUGGGCCCUGUCCUCCAUGGGACUCAUGGACGGAUACAGUGUGGCCACCGAGCAGCACAUGCCACUGGCCGUCCUUUCUUCCUGGCCCACAGACCAUCUGUGCACAGAGGGAGCCUGGUGUCCUGCACACGCUGACCCGCUGGAUCCUUUUCCUGCAGGUGUCUGCGACGGGCCCCCUGACUUCCUCUCCCCUUCAGGAAACCAGGUUCUGAGGCCUGCGUUGGGCAGUGUGGUCACUCUGAACUGCACAGCCUGGGUGGUCUCUGCACCCCACUGUCCCCUGCCCUCAGUCCAGUGGCUAAAAGAUGGGCUGCUGCUGGACAAUGGGAGCCAUUAUGACCUUCAUGAGGACUCCUGGGUCAAGGCGAACUUGUCAGAGGUGCUCGUGUCCAGUGUCCUGGGAAUCAACCUGACCAGCGCUGACUACGGGGACUUCACCUGCUCUGUCCAGAAUGUCAGCUCCUCCUCCUUCACUCUCUGGAGAGCGGGCCCAGCAGGCCACUUGGCGGGAGUGCUGGCCUCACUGCUGGUCCUGCUGGUCCUGCUUCUGGCCGCCCUGCUCUACCUGAAGUGCCGACUCAGUCUGCAGCUCUGGUACCAAGACAAGUAUGGGGAGGUGGAGAUGAACGACGGGAAGCUCUACGACGCCUACGUCUGCUACAGCGACAGCCCCGAGGAUCGGAAGUUCGUGAACUUCAUCCUGAAGCCGCAGCUGGAGCGGUGUCGGGGCUACAAGCUCUUCUUGGACGACAGGGACCUCCUGCCGCGGGCAGAGCCCUCCGCCGACCUCCUGGUGGAUCUGAGCCGCUGCCGCCGGCUCAUCGUGGUGCUGUCAGAUGCUUUCCUGGGGCGGGCCUGGUGCAGCCACAGUUUCCGGGAGGGCCUGUGCCGGCUGCUGGAGCUCACGCGCCGGCCCAUCUUCAUCACCUUCGAGGGCCAGCGGCGCAACCCCACGCACCCGGCGCUGCACCUGCUGCACCAGCACCGCCACCUGGUGACCCUGCUGCGCUGGAGACCCGGCUCCGUGACGCCUUCCUCCGAUUUUUGGAAAGAACUGCAGUUGGCGCUGCCCCGGAAGGUGCACUACCGAGCGAUGGAGGGAGACCCCCAGACGCGGCUGCAGGAUGACAAGGACCCGAUGCUGAUUGUGGGAGGCCAUGUCCGGGAGGGUCGGACCCAGGACCCGGAGCUGGACCCAGACCCUGAGGGGGACCUGGGUGUUCGAGGACCCGUCUUUGGGGAGCCACCAGCUCCACCGCAGGCAAGUGGGGUCUCACUGGGAGAAGGCCCGAGCAGCGAGGUGGAUGUCUCCGACCUUGGCUCCCGCAACUACAGCGCCCGCACAGACUUCUACUGCCUGGUGUCCGAGGAGGACAUGUAGCCGCUCUCACUUCCGAUGGAGCCGCAGGAUGGCGGGGACACCUGGGGGUGGAACCUGGACCCUGGGACCCUGGGGCGGCUGCAGCUCUCGUGCCAGAAAAUAAAGUCUUGU